AACAAAUCAAGCAAGCAAAUGCGCAUAGAGAAGCAAAAACCAGGCUUGCGAGCGAGAGACAGAGAUUAGCUAGCGGAGAGACUCGCAGUUGAGCAGAAGAGAAGCAAGAGAUUUCGAAAUUCAAGUGAUUUUGCGAAUAAGUGAUGGAAUCGAACGAGUCAUCAUACAUGUCUUCACCGGAGGGGACGAGGAGGCGAUCUCCACCACCGCCGAAAUCACCGACUUCAGAUUCUGCGGAGAAGCAAACAUAUAUUAGGUUUCUUGUGUCAAAUGCUGCAGCAGGUUCUGUCAUUGGAAAGGGUGGCUCGACGAUAACUGAUUUUCAGUCUCAAUCUGGAGCCCGAAUCCAGCUAUCACGCAAUCAGGAAUUUUUUCCGGGAACCACUGAUAGGAUAAUUAUGAUAUCUGGAACAUUUGAUGAUGUGUUAAAAGCUAUGGAACUUGUUCUUGGAAAGUUGUUGAGUGAGCUUCACAGUGAAGAAGGCAGCGAUAUUGAACAACCAAGAACAAGAGUGAGACUAAUUGUUCCAAAUAGCUCUUGUGGUGGCAUAAUUGGGAAAGGAGGGUCGACAAUAAAGUCAUUUAUUGAAGACUCUCAAGCUGGGAUUAAGAUAUCUCCACAAGACAAUAACUUUUAUGGAUUCAGUGACAGGCUAGUGACACUCACGGGCAUUCUAGAUGAGCAAAUGCGCGCUAUUGAAUUGAUUUUAUCUAAGCUAUCUGAAGAUUCUCACUACCACCAAACUAUGAAUACCCCUUUUGCAUAUCCAGUUGUGGCAUACAAUUCGAUGAGCUAUGGACCAAGUGCUGCUGUAGGGAAGUUUCAAAAUAACAAGGAGGAUCACUUUGACUCCAUCACAAUAGGCGUUUCUGACAGUCACAUUGGAUUGGUUGUUGGUAGGGGUGGAAGGAAUAUCAUGGAAAUCAGCCAGGUUAGUGGAGCCAAGAUAAAAGUAUCUGAUAGAGGGGAUUUCAUGACUGGAACAACUGACAGGAAAGUCACAAUCAGUGGACCUCCAAGAGCAAUCAACACAGCUGAGUCCAUGAUUAUGCAGAAGGUGGCAUAUGCUGCUGAGAAGGCAAUGGAUUAGGUUUCCAGUAUUCUCAGUACAUUCUGGACAUGCUUGCUAUUUCCGAGUCAUUUGGCAAUCUUAGCCACGUCCACAUACCUUCUCCUUAUGAGUUACUUUGGAUGCAAAAGCUGUGAUUGAGAAACAAGAACGGGAGGCAAGCUCACCGGCAGAGUUCUUUACAAGAAAUUCUCGUGGGAAAACCAACUCUCUCAAAAAAAAAGAAUAGAAGAAAUGUUGUUGGAUUAGGUCAGCCUCAACCUGACCAAAUAUAGAAUUAGCAUAAUUUAUUUUCUUUGGCACAGUUUGUAGUGUCCAAUUAGCUACUGUUGUGUCUUAUGUUUUCCUAGGAUGGUAUGCUUGAGCAUUUUGCUGUUGGAACAUUUUUUUCUCUUGGUUAUGUGCUUCAUUUGCACAUUUGUUAAAUGUUAUUCUUUUAAAUAUUCUCAAUAUCUCUCUGCCGUUC